UUCGUUAUAGGAACUGGUUUCUUUCCUCUCUAUUACAUUAGCAUUCCUACUAUGGCGCCUAGUGUUGUUUUCGUGCUUGGAGGCCCAGGAGCUGGCAAGGGCACUCAAUGUGAUCUCAUAGAGAAGGAGUUCGGAUUUAUGCACCUCUCAGCUGGAGACCUCUUGCGGGAGGAGCGCAAUCGUGAGGGUAGCGAGUAUGGCGAUCUUAUCGAGAAGUAUAUUCGAGAGGGCGCAAUAGUCCCCGUAGAGAUCACUGUUAAUUUGCUAAAGCGAGCGAUGGAGAAACGUGAUUGGGAGCAUGGCAAAUUCCUCAUUGAUGGCUUCCCGAGGAAUGAGGACAAUCUGGAUGGUUGGGAACGCGUGUUGGGCGGUAAGGUGGACGAGAAGUUCUGUCUAUUCUUCGACUGUCCUGAGGACGUGAUGGAGAAGCGUCUCUUGUCCCGUGGGAAGACCAGUGGGCGCUCCGAUGACAAUUUGGAGUCUAUUCGAAAACGUUUCCGUACCUAUGAGGCUGAGACGAGGCCUAUCAUCGAGAGGUUUAAGGCCAAGGGGAAAGAGAGGAGGGUCAACGCCGAUCGAUCGGUUGAUGAGGUCUGGUCUGAUGUCAAGGACAUUUUCGAGAAGAUAUAGAGCUCUCAAUUGGAUAUCGCUCGAGAUUUGUCGGGAAUGUUUUCUCCCGAUUCACCGUAGCAGUGCUCCGUCACUAUACUGUAUUAUACUACACUGCAUAGAGAGUCACCUCGUAGUCAGCCCUUUGCAUGGGCGGAUUAAUGUCCAGCUUUCUCUUGUCAA